CAUGCGCCCGCGGCGUCUCCCGGCUUUCAGGGUGUUCACUGUACUGGUGUUCACGGCUCUCCUCGGCAGGCGUCAGAAUGUACAGGAGGGUUAUGUCUCCAAGGACCUAUGCGGCGGCGGCCAUCUUUGCUGGGAUUCCGUCCAUUGGAUUCCUACAGUACGGCAGCCAUCUUUUGGAAGCUCUUUUUAGAUCCAGAUAAUUUUCAGUUACACCCGUGUCCAUGGCAACGAAAAUAGAAAGAGAAUAUAUGGUAUUCCUUGUUUCCUUGUCCUUCGCCUAUAUCACCAAAGCCCUGGCCCUCGCCUACUCUCGGAGUAUGAUCACUCAGAUUGAAAGAAGGUUCAACAUUCCCUCCUCUCUUGUUGGUGUGAUUGACAGCAGCUUUGAUAUCGGAAACUUAUUGGUGAUCACCUUUGUCAGCUACUUUGGUGCAAAGCUACAUCGUCCCCGAAUGAUAAGUAUCGGUUGUGUGGUCAUGUUCCUGGGGAGCUGCAUAACAGCGUUACCCCAUUUCAUCAUGAAUCGCUACCAGUAUGAGAGAGCAACGGCCAACACAUUGCAGAACGUGACCUCCCACGCCUCCCACGCUCACCUGUGUGUGGCAGGUCAGAGCCACGCCCGGGACCCCGAGUUUUCAGAAGAGUGCACAGCGGGAUCCUCAGAGUCCUUGAUGUGGAUAUUUGUACUUGCUGGGAAUAUUCUACAAGGAAUUGGAGAGACGCCUAUUGAGCCGCUGGGACUGUCGUACAUUGAUGACUUCGCAAAAGUGGAAAAUUCUCCAUUUUACAUUGGAAUAGUACAAACGCUGUCCAUAGGGGGCCCUCUCCUGGGAUCGUUCAUGGCCGCAUACUUCGCACGGCUCUAUGUUGACAUUGGCUUCAUAAAUCUGGAUGAGGUUACUAUAAGUAUGUCGGACACCCGAUGGGUUGGUGCCUGGUGGAUUGGAUUUGUGUGCAGUGGGGUCCUGAGUCUGUUGGUUGCCAUCCCCUUCUGCUUUCUCCCCAAGACGCUGCCCAAAGAGGGCCAGGAGGAGAAGCCUGAGCUGAGAGAGAUGCUGAGGCCGCAGACAGGAGAUAAAAGAGAGGAGGCUGCGGAGAAUGCAGAAGUCAAAGUGCAAGGAUUCCUGAAACUCCUAAAGAAUCUCUUGAAGAAUAAGGUUUAUAUGUUGUUUAUGCUGGUAACAGUCAUUACGUUCAGUGAAUCUGUGGGUUUCUUUUCCUUCUCACCCAAAUAUUUGGAGCAGCAGUACGGCAUAUCAGCAUCGGAAGCCAUCUUUUUAUUAGGGGUGUACAGUCUGCCAAUCAUAUCUCUCGGAUACUUCCUUGGGGGCUUCUUCAUGAAGAAAUUCAAGAUCACAACACUGACGGCAGCAAGGAUCGGUUUUUUUACAUCAAUAACGGAAUACCUGGUGUUUAUGCUGGCCUUCACCAUGAUGUGCAAGAACGCAGCUGUGGCCGGCCUGACGGUCUCAUAUGAUGGUGUGGAGCAUGUGUCGUACGUCGGCAACUUAUCCGCUGACUGCAACAUGAACUGUGGGUGUCCGUCUGAUGUGUGGGACCCCGUGUGCGGUGAUAACGGGGUGGCCUAUGUUUCUGCCUGUUUAGCCGGCUGCUCAUCUUCUACCGGGAGUGGGCAGAAUGUGAUUUUCCAGAAUUGCAGCUGUGUAUUUUCACCGAAUAUGACGGCGGUGCUGGGGCAGUGCCCGCGGGAGGAACGCUGUAACACCAUGCUGGUCUACUACAUGAUCCUUACCCUUGUCGCCUGCUUUAUCUUUGCCAUAGGAGCCAUGCCAGGAUACAUGGUGCUGAUCAGGAGUUUGACCCCAGAAGAAAAGUCUUUUGGUCUCGGCCUUCACCUUUUAGCUGCACGAGCGCUCGGUGGAAUCCCUUCCCCGAUUUUCUAUGGCGCAGCCAUCGAUACCACCUGCAUUAAAUGGGGGACUACGAGCUGCGGAGACCCGGGGGCUUGUCGCAUGUACGACUCUGGCGCUUACAGACACCUGUAUCUCGGGAUCCCAGUGGGAUUACGCUUUGUAGCCUACAUCUUCUGCGUCCUCAUCCUCCUCUCCCUGAAACGCGUCAGCUCCCAUGAGGAAAAUCCAGGUCAUGAGCAAGAGACGGGAUCCGGAGAAGAAAGACGCUGUAUAUAGUAUAUAGACAUGGAAAUCGGACACACGGACCCCGUUACAUUAUGAAUAGCCCCCAAUGAUGCUGUAUGUAUUUAUUUAAGAGGACACUGUGUUUUAUCAUA